AUGGAUUCAACUCAUAAGCUUGAGUACAAUGUCCACAACCUUAAAACCCGAUCUGUCAUUCUCUUCUCAAAUGGGGCACAAGUAGUGAGAGAACUUGCGGUGAUGAGUCUGAGACCCGGUCUCAACGAAAUUACCAUCGCUGGGCUCAGUCCGACAGUUCAAGCAAAUACCGUCAAAGUCGAAGGAACUGGUCCGUCUGCUAUUAUCACAGGCAUGUCUGUUCAUACUGUGACAAACCAAGAUAUCUUUGAUGAUGUAUACCCGGAUUCUGGUAGCGAGGCUUCUGACAGCGAUCCUGAUACUUUGGAAAACGAUAAACACCUUGAAUACCCUUCAGGAGCUGGUGACGCAAAAGAGAGACUUAGAAGUCUAGAGACAUCCUUGGAGCAGGCAAAUGAGAUGGUGUUAAGUGCCACAAGCCGACUCAAGAUCCUAGAUUCCUACAGUACGAGUCUAUGUGGAAAAAGCCCCAGCGUGGAUAUUGAAGAUGAAUUGGCAAAGUAUAAACAAGAGCGCGAGAAAAUUUUCAUGGACCAAACUCACGGCAAAAAGUGCCAGAGAGAUCUUGAGGAACAUAUUAAACAUGUGAGGCAUGAGAUUUCCAAGCUCGAAAAGCAGGAGAAAAAGGCAAAAGCAAAAGCAAGGAAGAAUAAAAUCAGUGAAGGAGGCCGCGAAGAAAAACACAACGCGAAGCGAAAGAGAGAAGAGCGAGAACGAGAGAAAGCCCGCGUGCGCCAGGAGCGUUUACGGUUCUGGCCUAAGUAUUGCUACUCGGUUUCUAUCAGCAUUGAGUGCGAUGGUGACACGCCAAUGUCAUCCCGUCGGGCAUCUGAAGCAAGCGAAAUAGACUUCACCAAAACAAGAUCGGGGCAAGCCGUUAAUGUUGGUAUUCAUAGCUGCGAGUUAGUGCUAUCAUACAUUACCGAGUCCGCAGGCUGGUCACCCAGUUACGAUCUCCAACUCUUCACCAGAACGGCAUCUGCGGUAUUGUUCUUCGAUGCACAGCUUAGCAACCGUACUUCAGAAACUUGGUCCAAUUGCCAAAUUUCACUAUCGACAUCCCCGGCAACCCUCGGCGUCGAGGAUUCCACACCGUCACUUGAGCCGUGGAAAAUUAAACUUGCGGGAUCGAGCACUGAUACCGUGGACACCAAUAUUGUCCAAAGUCGAGAAGAAUACGGCUUUCUGAACACUUGGAAAUUUAAGCAAGACAUACGACCUAGACAGAAACUACACUGCGACAUGUUUGGACUUCGUGACGAGACAAUUCGCACUCCUCAUCAUGGGGUAAUUGGUUUUUCCAAGGAGUUAGCUGACUUUUAUGGUCAAACGAUGAUAUUGGAGCAGCAAAAUAAGAAGAGGCUCAUUAUGGCGCGACAGGAAGGGCACAACGAAAUGCGAGCAGAGCAACAAGCAUCCAACGAGGCACGACAUAUGCAACAAAAUGUAAAUCGGAUAAACUCAAUACAAGCUCCCAAUCUCAACUUUGGGCAUGACAUAGUCACAGCCGCAAACGGGCGAAGAUUUGAUUUCGAAUACUGUAUCGCCGAAGAGUCCGGCCCUAAUACUACUUACGACCUCCCGGGUCUCAAGACGCUGCCUCCCAGGUCCGCUACAUCAAAACAGCGAGUAACUCGACUUACAUUCCACAAUGUGGUCUUUACUCAUGCCGUUUUGGCAAAGUAUCGACCUGUUGCCACGUUCAAGGCCAAGCUAGAGAACAAGAGCGACGUCACCAUACUUCCUGGUACAGCUGGCCUCACCCUGGACAACUGCUUCAUUAGCCGCACGAAUUUGCCUCACUGUGGCGCUGGGGACAACUUCUCUGUGGAUUUAGGUGUAGAUCCUGCUAUCAGACUCACUUACUCGAAGCCCGAAACUCAACGGGUAGCCACGGGCAUCUUUAGCAAGGAGAAUUGCUCUGUUUACACCCGUACGCUCAUAUUGGAGAGUAUCCAAGCUAGAGUAGGUAACCCAUUGUCAAUUCUUGUGCAAGAUCAGGUCCCAGUAUCAGAAGACGAUCGUAUGCAGGUCGAGCUCCGAAUCCCGCGAGGGUUGUCGGUUGAAGGGCCUACGGUAUCUGUUGGUGAUUCGGGGCGAGACACCGUGAAAGACAAGGAUUGGGGCAAAGCAAUGGCCAUACUCAAGAAGGGUGGCGAAGUCAAUUGGCAGGUGGACUUGAACACUGGGAAGGCUGUUCGCCUUACAUUGGAAUAUGCUGUUAAAUUUCCGAGUGGGUACACAGCGGUUCAAUGCUGGUGA